AUGAUGGAGUAUCCGCCCUCCUCCAUCGCCCUCUCGCCGCAAUCGCCGGCCGGGUCGACGCCCACCCCGACGCCCACCACCAAUUCGACCGUUUUCCGGCCCCGCCGAUCCGAUGACUGGCACGAGUAUCGUGAGAUCAUCGAGCAGCUCUACCGCAAUGAUCAGCUGAAGCUGCGCGAUGUCAAGCGUAUCAUGGAGCGCGACUACAAAUUCCAAGCAUCAGAAAAACAGUACAAAGAUCGCCUGGCCGCCUGGAACGUCCGCAAAAACAUCAAGGCGAAAGAGGUUCAUCUCAUGGUGCGCAAGCAGCAGAAGCGCGCCGCCCGGGGCAAGCGAACGGCCUUUCGGGUAAAUGGCCAGGAAAUCGAUGAGAAGCGCAUAGCCCGAUUCAAGCGGCGCUACAACGAAGAAUGGGACGAGAAGAAGGACAAGGAUCUGCAGCAGAUGAGCCCCGAGCCGACCACCCCCUCCGACAUGACCUGCUAUACGCCCGAACCGACCGAUGAAGCACCCACGCCCAUUUCUCCAUCAGAUAUCCAAUCCCCUACCCGUGAGGCAUCCACCUACCCUCUCAGCUACGAUCCCAACCAUAUCGACGCGGUGCCUGACCUUAUCAUGGACGAGGAAUCGCCAUUCUCCAUGACCCUGAACAGCCCGCCACCUCGACGAUCCUACCAUGCAGGGCCUGAACUCGCGCAUAUUGGACAUCUCGGUUCAUCCCACCCAGCGCAUCAGCCUCAUCCCGCCCAUCCACCUAGAGCAGAGCACCCAACCCACUCGCAUCAUCCAUCCCAUCAGCAUCUACAGCAUCAGCAUCAUCCUCAACUCCCCCAACAUUCCCAUCCUCAGCAUCCUCCCCCAAUGCCCGCCGCUGUUCCCGCCUCCAUUCCAGCAUCAAUGCCCGCCCCGGUGCAAACCGUGGCCCCAACGCUUCCAUCCACUGUCACGGCACCCCCAGUCAUCGACCGAACAGCUCCCCGAGAGUACAUGACACCAUCGGGGAUGAUGGUUUCAUCGUCCGGGGCUAUCGCUCCUCAUUCAAACCAAUGGGACCGUCUCGAUACAUUCCAGACCCGACUGGAGUUCCUCAAUCACCAGCUCAAUGCGUCAAUGUCCCGCUGGAACCGAGACCAAGACCCCAACGAGCUCGCCCAUCACCCCGGUCACGAAGGAACCGGGAUGUGA